GAAGACUCUCUUGAGUUAUAUGAUGACCCUGACACAGGUGAUGAGGUCCACUGUGACCCACUUCUCCAUACAGAACGACACGAUGAAGAUUUGGAUGCAGAGGUUGCCCCCUCCAACAGUCAGCAUGCACCUGUGGAUCAGGUGCAGAUCACGCCAAGAAGCGAGUUCAAAGUGCCACUCAAUCCACAUCAGGUAUAUCAAGAUGCUCAUCCAGACUGGUUCGGAUGUAUCAUUAUCAUCAUGGUGGCUAUUCUACAUGUGAAGCAUCAUGUUUCUUUUUGUGCUUGUGCUCUGAUUCUUCAUUGUGUUACCACCAUUCUCUUCUCUCUAGGCAUUCUUCAUCCCACACAGCCUCUUCCUACAACUCUCAACACUGUUAUUCACCGCCUUGAUCUCCAUGACUGUUAUGAUGAUGAGUUGUUCUGCAGUCAUUGUCACUGUAUUUUCCCUACAGAUAUACCCACUAACACACUGUGUUCCAACUGUGAUAGCUGGCUAUUCAAACCAGUCUCCAAUAGGCUCUUCCGGAUGGUAACAGGCUGCAAAGCUCAGCAUACUCAGUGCCCUCCUCCAGUGUGUGCAGCACCUAUCCAGGUACCAUCUUCCUUACUUGUGAAUUUUCUUGCACAUGGAGGUAAUGAGGUGGCAUGUGAAUCCUGGCAAUCAUGCACGGUCAAACCAGGGGAGCUUCAUGAUAUCUCAGAUGGUGAGGUAUGGUGCACCAUCCAGGGCCCAGAUCAAGCACCCUUCUUUUCUGGGAUGGAAACCUCACAGGAGCUUCGCAUUGGUGUCACCAUAAGCCUUGACUGGUAUGUAAUUACCCACACAAUAUUCUUGAUAUAUCAUGCCAAGAACCUUUUGGUAUCGUUCAUGACACUUGGACCUACCGAACCAACCGGCACUCAGCUCCAAAACUAUCUGCGACUUGUUGUCGACAAUUUGCUCCAGCUCUACAAGGAAGGUGUCAUCUAUCAUACCCCAGGGCACCCAGAAGGUUAG